AUGAAAUUAUUUGGGGUAAUCAAAAGGAUUACGGUCAAGGUUCAUAUUAGGUCUGAUGUUAUACAUUUAUUCCCUGCAUGUACUCAGGUGAAUGGACAGACUGUUGGGCUUCCUUUCUAUGGACAGUCUGAAAGUAUCAGUGUGUACCACAGCAGCAUCACGAGCAUCGUAUUGGAGACCAGUUUUGGAGUGCUUAUACAAACACACCGGCCAUGGCUGAUACGAGUGAUCAUCCCAAGCAAUUUUUCUGGAAUGAUUCAAGGACUGUGCGGGAAUAGCAACCAGGACAUAGAGGAUGAGUUUAUGACUAUGGGUGGCUACCUUGCCAAUAGCACUCAAGAAUUCGGGGACAGCUGGCGUAUUGGGGUCUUGGUUGCACAAUGUAGGGAGAACAUAAUUCUUACAGCAGGGAAUGUUAGCCAGUAUCUGUCAGAGCGCUACUGUGGCAUCAUGUCUUUGUAUGAUGGGCCUUUUGGUGCCUGCUUUCUGGACCCAAGAGAAAUGAUCAAUGAAUGCGGAGUUGCCAUGUCUACAUCAGGGGGUGACCAUGCCAUUCUUUGUGAAACCCUACACAACUACGCCUUGCUGUGUCAACAGAAUGGGUUUCCCAUUGGAGACUGGAGGAACUACACUGACUGCGGUCUAAGCUGUCCACCAAACAGCCACUAUGACCUCUGUGGAACCUCCUGCCCAGUUGCUUGCCCCAGUCUCUCCUUCCCUUUCUCAUGCACACAGCCAUGCCAAGAAGGGUGUCAGUGUAACGAUGGAUUCGUCCUGAGUGGCAGCCAGUGUCUUAAACCUAGUGACUGUGGCUGCUAUUAUAAUGGUCAAUACUACCAGAAUGGACAGAACUUCUGGGAAGGAGAGGGGUGUCUCAACUACUGUACCUGUAAUGGUGACACUGGGGACAUUUCUUGCGAGCCCUCAUCAUGCAGCUCUUGGGAGUACUGCCAGAUUGUUAAUGGGGAAUAUGGUUGCUAUCCACUGCCACAAGGCAUCUGCUAUGCUGUUGGGGAUCCCCACUAUAGCACAUUCGAUUUGCUCACAUUUGACUUCCAAGGCACCUGUCAUUAUGUGCUGGCAUCCCUCUACAAUGACACCAGUGGUCUGCAGGAUUUUCAAGUGGAAGCAAGGAAUGAGCCAUGGAUGGGCUUGCCAGUGUCCAUUACUGUGGAGGUGUUUGUCAUGGUUUAUGGUUACCAAGUGGAUAUUAAAAAGUCUGAUCCAGGAAUAGUAUGGGCAACUUUCCAAGUGGUGUUGAUCUCAAAUGAAGAAACAUCAUUUAUGCUGAUGAACUACGGCAGAAUUGAUGCCCCACCUUAUUACGUGAAGGCUGGUUAUGACACCUAUGGUUCUGUCAAUUAUUUCAAUAUGCUGGAGUCCUUCAGUGACAAUAUUACAGACCUAUCAAACACAACCAACACUGGUAUUUCAGGAUGCUGGGCAUUCCGGACAGAUGUGUCACACGUAUGUGAAACUGAAGGUUCAUUUCUCCAACUGGGUGCCUCCUUCUGGAAUGACAGCAGCUGUCUGGAGAUGUGCACCUGCACAACCUCUGGGGUCCAAUGUGAGGCCAUCUCCUGCUCCUUCGACCAAAUGUGCCAAUCAGCUUCUUUCAAAUACAGCUGUCAAGAUGUGGUUUGUCCACCCAAUAGCCACUUUGACUCUCAGGCCACCGCAUGUCCAGCCACAUGCUUUGACCCACUAUCUCCAAAUAACUGCACAUUAGCCCCCAUAGAGAACUGCACUUGUGAUGAAGGCUGUGGAGCUAAUGACACAAGGGGUGGAGGAUCAGAAGAUGACAACUGCACCUUAGUAGAGGAUUUUAGUAAAGCCUGCAGCAUCAUCUUCAACACCACUGGCCCAUUCAGAAUCUGCCAGUUCUACAUUGAUCCCACUCCCUAUUUCUCCUCCUGCGUGUAUGACCUCUCCCACAACCCCGCUGCCAAUGGGAUGCUCUGCUCUGCAGUGGCAACCUAUGAAGCCGCGUGCAACCUCCAGGCUCUCCAGAUUCCAGAGUGGCGCUCAGAUUUGCUCUGCCCACCAGCGGACCCCUGUGCUGGUCUGAACUGCAUGGAGGAUGAAUGGUGCGGGGAGAACAACGGGGUCUAUGGCUGCUUUUGCAAUGAGGGAAACAACAGCACUGAUUUUGAGAUGGAGUGUCCAGAGAACAGCCACUAUGAGCUCUGUGGAUCAGAAUGUGGCCUCACCUGCGGAUACAGCAGUUUUAAUGCCACCUGCACGCAGAGCUGCAGCGAGGGCUGCUUCUGUGAUGAAGGUUAUUUCAGACAAGGCAGUUCCUGUGUCCCUACAGAACAGUGUGGCUGUCAGUAUGGUGGCUUCUCUUUUAAAAUCGGAGAGGAGUUGUGGAACGAUGACUGCUCGCAGCACUGCACAUGCCUCUCUUCCCAGGAGAUGUAUUGUGUAGCGGUUGCCUGUACUCCUACUCAGGAAUGCACUGUCCGUGAUGGCCGACAAGGCUGCUUUGACCCACUGUCUACCUGCACAGUGAGCGGAGAUCCCCACUACUACACUUUUGAUGGGGCACUUGCACACUUCCAGGGCACCUGCUCAUACGAGAUCACCAAGUCCUGUGGGAGUAACACCACUGAAGGUUUUCAGUUCCAGGUUGUAGCUACUAAUUGGCACCGUGGCAACAACCAAGUGUCAUUUGUCUCCAAAGUGGAUGUGUGGCUGUCCCAGGAUGGCGAAGAGACAAACAUCACCAUCGAACAGCGUGGGAAAGUGAAGGUCAAUGGCAGUGACUUCCCAUAUUAUGGACUCAUUGGGACUUCGACUGAAGUGCGUCAAGACCAUGGCUUUGUGGUGCUGGCCAUGCCCAAUAAUGUGCAAGUUCACUAUGACGGCCGUAGCACUCUCUUUGUGCGGCUCGGUCAGAACCUCCGGGGCUCUGUCUGCGGAAUGUGUGGAAAUUUCAAUGGAAAUCCAUCUGAUGACAAGGUUUCCCCAGAUGGGGUGCUUCUAGAAACAGAUGACGAAUUUGGUGAUUCAUGGAAGUCAGAUUACAGCCUCCNCUUGAACGAGAGGCUUUAUGUGGCUGUGGAAGUGAUUGGAAUGGAUGAAAGGCAAAUCUCCACUGUGAUAGACUCUUGUUGGGCCACGCCCAUUAAUGAUCCUUCCUCCGGCAUCCGCUGGGACCUCAUCAUCCAUGAGUGUCCCAACCGUGAGGAUGGAACUGUAGUAAUUAACCAGAAUGGAGUGUCCACCACCAGCCGCUUCUCUUUCAAUGUGUUUGCAUUCAACAACAAUGCCUCCAUGGUAUACCUGCACUGCCAGAUUCACUUGUGCAUAAAGACCCAGUGCGAUUGUGCUACGUUUUGCUAUCCUAGAUACAAUGCUAGAAGGAGAAGAUCCAUUGAAGUAAAAGACAGUACAUCCAUUUCCAUGCCAUUGAAAGUAUCUUUCAGCAAUUCAGCUCCACAUUUUGCAAGCUCCCUGCUGCUCCUAGCCCUUGCUGCCCUGAUUGCUGCUGCAGUGCGUUAAGGCCAUCUAACCCCAAACUAUGUGCUUUCCAUUAUAGUGAACUUGGUGUUUAGUUAUUAAUUCUUGUGUAUUACAGCUUUGAUCUCUACUUUUAUCUUUGACCUGUUAUACCAUAAUGAGGAAUACCUUUCAUGUACAACUGGAAGUGGUUCUAUUAUUACAAUAUAAUGGAAUUAUUAUUAUUUUUUUGGUGGGGGGGUGCCAGGAACAGGAUUGAGAACCACUACUGGCAAAAACAAGUUCAUUAUUCAGUGUUCUUAUGUAAAUUAAUCAAGCCUAUUAACAAACACUUAACACAUUAACAAAUAUUUUGAAAAAAUUAUUGAAUAUAUUUACAUUUAUGUGUUUACUUUGUUACAUACAUACAUGCAUAUAUUGGGAACAGAGAGCACUUACAACAGACUUGGCCCUCUUUCCAUCAUUCCAUGUGGUGAUUGGGUAAGCCUGACUUGGCCCUCUUUCCAU